AUGAAGGCUAUAACUGUCCUCGUCGGCUUGAGCUGGCUUCGUUGGGCUUUAGCAGACGACAUUUAUUGCGAUGCUAAUGUGCCAUGUGCCAUUGGAUGCUGCGGUGUUAAAAGCAAUGUUUGCGGUCUCGGUCCUAAUUAUUGCAGUGCGGAGAACUGUAUCAAUAGUUGUGACGCCAAAGCUGAGUGUAACCCGGGUGGCUGGGCGUCCGAGUACGUCAAUAGCACCACUUGCCCGCUCAAUGUCUGCUGUAGCGAGUAUGGAUUCUGUGGCACAGGCGAGUCGUUCUGUGGGACCAAGACUCCCACCAUACCCUCCUGUGAUGUCGAUUCACAAUCAAUAACCCGUGUCAUCGGUUACUAUGCCUCAGGUGGUGCUACUCGCGCAUGCGAUGCAAUGCUUCCAGAGUCCUUUCCCCAGGGAAUUUAUUCGCACAUCUAUUUUGCUUUUGGCAGUAUCAACCCAGAUACUUUUGAAGUAAUCCCCGGAGCAGAUGGUGAUGAAGCGCUUUAUACAAAGCUUUCGGCCCUCCAAACACGCGAUGCAACGCAGAAAUUCUGGUUAUCCAUCGGAGGGUGGACUUUCACGGACAGUGACCAGGCUACAGCGACGACCUUUUCGGAUCUCGCCGCCGCCGAUAUCACCCACCAGAAUGUGUUUUUCUCUUCCUUGACCCUUUUCAUGACGACGUGGGGAUUCUCAGGCGUUGAUAUCGAUUGGGAGUAUCCCGCGGCCUCCGAUCGUAGUGGACGAACUGAAGAUUAUGCCAAUUACCCGAAGUUCUUAGCCAAUUUGAAAUCAGCACUGGAUGAGUACAGCUAUGGUCUUUCCAUUACGCUGCCUACCAGCUACUGGUAUCUACAGCAUUUUGAUCUGAUCUCCAUUGAACCCUCCGUGGAUUGGUUCAACUACAUGGCUUAUGAUUUACAUGGCACCUGGGACAUUGGGAAUGAGUGGACUGGUGCUAUUCUAGAUGCACACACAAACCUGACAGAAAUAGAAUCCUCAAUGAACUUGCUAUGGUGGAACAAUAUUACUUCGUCUAAGGUCAACUUAGGUUUGGCCUUCUACGGCCGUAGUUUCACCAUUGCUAGCUCCAACUGCGACACCCCCGGCUGCGCGUAUCUUUCGGCUGGAGACGAAGGCGUUUGCAGCGCUUCAGCUGGUAUCCUUCUGAGUAGUGAGAUCGAACAGAUCAUGAGUGAUAACGACCUUACCCCAGUUUUCUACAAGGACGCAGCUGUCAAAGCCAUAACUUGGGAUAAUGACCAAUGGGUUUCAUUUGAUGAUCAGGAAACCUUCAAGAUCAAGAGCGAUUUUGCGAAGUCGCAAUGUCUUGGGGGCGUUUUGGUUUGGUCUGUCGACUAUGAUGACAGCAAUAACACACUCUCACGAGGGCUAGCAGCCGCGCUCGGCAAUGAAAUCAACAUAGAUACUUCCACAGGUCUAGCACUUACUGAAAGUGAGACAUCGGAUACGACGACAACCAGUAAAGGCGGGCAGGAUGCGUACUGCCGAUUCACUAAUUGUGGAGAAACAUGUCCCGCUGGUUUCACCACUGUUGUUCGAGGCGAUAAAAAAUCGCAACUUAUGCUCGACGGGUCGCAGUGUUGGCCAGGUUCUGGACUUACGCAGACCUUGUGCUGUCCUACUUCAACCGACGUACCGACUUGUCAAUGGCGAGGCUUUCACAACAAUGGUAAAUGCAAGGGCGGCUGCAACAGCGGCGAAGCUGAAGUGGGAACCAAUUCCGCCGGAUGCAAGUCAGGCUAUCAAUCGGCUUGUUGUACCACUACAUCCUCGACAAAGCCCUAUUCCGAGUGCGCGUGGACUUCUAGCUGUGAAAGCGAUGACACGUGCCCAUCAGGCUAUUCGAAUUUUAUCGUAGGGUCCCGCGCGGGUUGGGGCGGACGAAAAAAAUCAUGCAGUGGAAAAAAGAAAUACAACUAUUGCUGCGCAGACUCCGUUCCAGAUGCCUUCACCAACUGCGCUUGGGCUGGAUUUGAGGUUGCAUUCAAGAAUGAGAAAUACUGUAGCGAUACCUGCCCUUCAGGUACGAUUCGGAUUGCCGAACAGGAUGAUUUUGGACAAACGCCAAACGUUGAAAACUGCAUUUGGGGUAAGGAGGCAUAUUGUUGUGGUGGGACCGUUACGACAAGCACCGUAAGUCCGCGAGCACCCACCUACCAGGACACCACAGCAAAGGAGUUUGAUGCUUAUCUCAAGAAAUACUUGGCGGCACCUAUAUGCCCUGGUGGGUUUGAAGCUGAGUACAGCGCCUCUUUCUCCUCCGAUCCUUUGGGGUGGAAGCGAAGCAUAUCGCUAGAGAAGCGAGCCACCGACCAAGGCAUUACUCUCGAAGUUCUGAUUCCCAUUCUUUCGACGUGGAUUACGUCCCAAUAUCCCCGAACUGACUUGAUGGAGAUCUGGAACGAUGAUACCAGUGAAGCUGGAUUCGGUAGCAUGAAUUACACCGUUCUCAGGGAUACACUCUACCCGAACGCUUGGACGGGAGAUCCCGAGUAUGCCACCGAUACCUUGCUAACCGAUAUGCUUUGUAACAUGGCUGAGGCAGCUAACGGACUUGAAAACCUGCAGACAGAUUCAUCAAUUUUGUGCGUGAGUCCUGAUGAUGAUGCUGGUACCUGGGAUGAUCUCGUAACCACCAAACGAGAGAUCUCCGCCCGAAGACUCGAUGAAAUGGUUUCAACUGCCCGCACCGCCGACGGACUCCAGCCGUCUGUUUCUCAAGCCAUCAGAGGCGUAUUGAACGGUGAUUUGUCUCUGCAUUACCUUCGCUGGCUCAAUCCAUCAGGUGCUCAAGUUAUAUUAGAGCUGGCCUUUUGGAUCGGUCCUACUGCAGGCGUGGCCCCCACGGCAGCUCAGCGUGCCGCCUAUGCCGACACCACACAUACAGCUGCAGCCGAUCGCUGGAUCGUAUUUCAUUUACAUAUCCCCCUGGAUCGAUACACAUUUAGACAAGAGAUCACGAAUGACGACACGUUUUGGCAUCUGGGUGUCGGUACCAUAACUGUAUAUCAUGGCCAAACCGUCAAUAGAAGCCCCCCUCGAUCUGGUGACGACACACUCGAGCCCCGAGUAGAGUUUCGCUAUUCUUCCACUUAUGUUGGGGGCGUAAAUAACGGCAACAUGGCUAAUUACAAUGCACGCACUCAAGCUCUGUCUUGUCCUAUAGGCGACGAUAUUCAGACCAGAAUGUAUCUAGGUCUAGACUUGAACGCUGCUGUUCAAGCAUCGAUACGACCUUCUGUGGGGGCUACCCUUGUAAAUUCAUUUAAUCUUUGGAUGUAUGAGCAAGGAAUUACGAGUCUUACCAACUUGCAAUAUCUAUGGCCAUCAUUGCCAGGGGAUCAAGGCGGUUUCGAACUUGUAGGUGGAUUCAAUGGAAAUUCCAAUCUCAAUCCUGAAUAUGCAAAUGUUAGCGAGUGGAUUAUUCGUCACCAACCGGUAACAGUAUCGCCCUAUCGCGAAUUCCAGCAGCCAGAUAAUAUUACAUCCGUCGCUCUGUUUGACCAUGACGGCACCACGGCCCUCUACGAAAAAGGUGAAUACGCAAACGCCCUUUUAUGUCGAAUUGUCCAGCUCAAUGACGUGUCUGCAUUAAAUCAAUACUUGAUAAGAGACCCCAUGCGCGGCUUGGUGGCAAAUCUAGCCAUUUACACGGACCCUUUCUACACCGCGACCUAUUAUGCAUCUACCGAUUGUCUUCGCAUACUUCUGGAGCAUCACGCUAUCCAUGGAACUCCAGCUCAAUUCGAUGCUCCCAACUCGACAGACUACCUGCUAUUAAAUGUGGCUAGUAGCAGAGCUCAUCUUGAUACGGCACGUUUUCUGUUGGAUUGUCAACCUGCAUAUGUUGAUAUUCACGCCCGGAAAUGGGACAUGACGGCCUUGCUCUGCGCAGCUGCUUCAUUUACCGCGCACCUUCCAGACAUAGCGCCAACACCGAGUGAACCAAAGGGAGACCUACGCCAUCACGUGGCUCGUAGUGAGGAGCUUAUGCAGCUUCUACUUGACCGAGGUGCUUGCGCUCGUGAUGCUACAAAUUACGCGAACAUUCAUAAAACGGUUCUCAGUCUAGCUAUCUCUAGGGCUAGUCCUGAAUUUGUGAAACGUCUCAUCGAUGAAGGUGCCGACGUGCAUGCAAAGACAGCAAGAGAGCUAGAGUCUUGGUCUGGAUACGAUGAAAAGCUUCUCCAAGAUUUCACUCCUCUUCAUAUGGGUAGCUUGUACCUUAAUUCCGAAGGCAUCCAAAUCCUGCUGGACUGUCGAGGCAGCGGUAUGGAAAUUUCAGAUAUGUUGUUAUGCCGGGAUAGUUCUGGAUCUCUUCCUCUUCACUGGGCCGCUGGGAGCUUCAAUCAGCCUGAGAACGAAAUUUGGGCCAGAGACGAUAUUGUUGCCCAAGCUACCAAAACCAUUAAGUUACUCUUGAAAGAUAGCAAUCCCAGCUCUAUCAAAAUUCCAGAUAAGCAAGGAAACACGCCCUUGCAUCUCGCAUCAUCUGGAGAAACAAAAAACGAUAGCGAACAUUCCUUUGUCGCUCAGGCUAUUGUGAAGCUGUUGCUCGAACACGGCGCAGACGUGGGUCUACGUAAUCAAAAAGGACAAACGCCGCUACAUUUGAUAACUAAGGAUACGGCACUGAUGGAACUCCUUCUGGCGAAUGGCGCGGAUGUCAAUGACGCUGAUACAGAUGGCGAUACUGCCCUUCACUUUGCGGCGAGUAAUUUGCGUUAUAUCGAAGCAGUGCGAUUUCUCAUCAGUAGAGGUGCUGAUCUCCAUGCUAAAAACUCCAAAGGGAAUACACCACUACAUGAAGCAGCGGGCGGGUAUUAUAUAAAUGAUAAACGGCGUUUGACUAGUGGAUCCUAUCGCGAUGGGAAUACGCGUUGGACAAACGCUGAUUUGAUGAGAUUGCAGGACGAAGUUAUAGGUGUCUUUUUGGAUGCUGGAUGUGAUCUUGAUGGCCAGUGUAAUUUAGCUGCUAAAACAGCUCGAAUGAUACUGGAGGAAACGAGGCAAAAAUGGGAAGAAAGGGAAGAAACUUGGAGGAAAAGGGACCAACUAAGGGCCGGAAGGGGAAGAGGAAGAGGUAGGGGAAGGUAG